AUGCUCAUUAUAGAUCUGGACAAAGGCACUGUGGUGGAGAAAAUACCUGCCGAAGCAAACUAUACCAUCAUGAAGAAAUCUCGACAUCUCUGCGCUGCCACGGACGCAGGGUCGGUUCACGUCCUCAGCUUGACGGACUAUAGUCUGCUGAAGAGCUGGAAGGCCCAUGGUGCGGUUAUCAAUGAUAUGGAUGCCCGCAACGACUUUCUGGUCACAUGCGGCUUUUCCGUACGGCAUAUUGGAACGCCCAUUGUCGACCCUCUUGCAAACGUGUACGACCUGAAAUCACUCACCCCGUUAUCCCCUGUCCCCUUUCACGCCGGAGCAGCAUAUGUGCGUAUGCAUCCCAGACUACAAACAACAAGCUUCAUCGCCUCUCAGUCCGGCCAACUACAAGUCGUCGACCUCAUGAAUCCGAAUUCCAUCAGCCUUCGCCAGGCAAAUGUCAGCUUCAUGCUGGGCAUGGAGAUUUCACCAUCCGGCGAAGCCCUAGCCGUCAAUGAUGCGGAGUGCUCAGUCCAUCUCUGGGGGUCUCCUGCAAAAAUCCACUUCAAUGAAAUGAGCAAGGAAACUGAAUUCCCUGACGUCACUCCCCGACCACCAAUGCUAGAUUGGUCCGCAGAUACCCCAUUGAAUGUGAUUGGUAUGCCAUAUUAUCAUGACCGCCUUCUUUCAGCCUGGCCCAGCCAUCUUGUUUUCGAGGUAGGAAGUAUUCCUAAACAGGUGGAUCCGGCCAUCAUCCCCUACCUGCACCCAAGCGAUAUGGGUCAAUAUGCCCCAAACCCACGGAAGACGCAUAGAUAUCAGGUCGAGAAUACCCGGUGUCAACCCACCACUGAAACUGCACUUGCAGCUCCCAAGUUCCUAAGUGAAAAGGCCAGAGCACAUACCAAGUCCAAGUCCCUUGGUGAUAAAGAGCCUUUGGAUGACUUAGAUGGUUUAAAGAUCAACGGGGAAGCGGAAAACGACCCUCUGUUGAAAUAUAGUAAUGUAGAAAUCAAAUAUAGCAAGUUUGGCGUCGAUGAUUUUGAUUUCAGGUAUUACAACAAGACAAACUUCUCCGGUCUAGAAACACACAUCUCCAACUCGUUCACAAACGCACUCCUCCAGCUAUUUAAAUUCAUCCCACUCGCCAAAAACCUCGCCCUUCAUCAUGCUGCGACAAACUGCAUCUACGAAAACUGUCUUCUCUGUGAGAUGGGAUUUCUCUUUGACAUGCUAGACAAAGCAAACGGCCAAAGCUGUCAAGCAACAAACUUACUCAAAACGUUCAGCGGGUUCAGAGAAGCAGCUAACCUCGGCCUCUUGGAAGAAAAUCUCAGCAACAAGUCCCUCGCUUCCACCAUCCAAUCCGUCAACCGGUUCUUCUUAAAUCAGAUAUCCAACGACUACAGACUUCUAUACCCGGGCUCCGAUCAACUAGAUCAAGUACUUGCCACUUCAGCAAUAGAGUCAGUCCGAUGCAUGUACUGCCGUAACGAAAUUGUUCGCGCAGGCAACACCUUCGUAAGCGAACUGAUAUACCCAGCCGUCGACAUCAAGCAGGCAGCACGUAACCCAGCAUGCCGAUUCUCCAACAUUCUUCGCGCUAGUAUUGAGCGUGAAGCCCAAAAUCGCGGCUGGUGCAGUACCUGCAGACGAUACCAACAAGUCGCCAUUAGAAAAACAGUUGAGAGAAUGCCAAUGGUCCUCAUGAUUAACGCGGCUAUUAAUAAUCCCGUCUGCAGACAGUUCUGGUCCAUUCCCGGCUGGCUGCCUGAGGAAGUCGGGGUUAUCACCGACGGUAAACAGAUGCGAUGUUUUGAAGGAGCAGAGCUUCAAGCGCAGAAACGUGAAAAGACGCCUAACUUGCUGGUAUAUCAGCUUGUUGGUUUAGUUGCUGAGAUUGAUGUUGUGGAGCAAAAGAAGCCUCAUCUAGUGUCUUUCAUUGAUGUGGCUAUCUCUGCGACCACACCAACAGAGGAGAGCAAAUGGCAUCUCUUCAACGACUUCCUUGUCACUGAAGUUGAUAAAAAUGAGGUGUUAUCAUUCAAGCAGCCGUGGAAGCAACCGUGUGUGCUGUCCUACCAAAUAUCAACUGCCAGACACGGGGUUGAUGACUCGUGGAAGAACGCCUUGGACACCACUCUACUUUUCUACGAGUGGUCUAUGAAUAACUGUCGCCCAAUCGAGUCGUGUCAGGUGUUGAAACCAGAUGAGAAGCCUACUCCAGGAACUGCCAUUGCUCUGGACACUGAAUUCGUAGACUUGGAAAAGGCAGAAAUCGAAGUCAAAGCCGACGGAACCCACGAGAUGAUUCGACCCAGCAAGAGUGGUCUCGCUCGUGUUUCCGUUAUUCGGGGUAACGGUACCCUCGAAAGCUCCCCCUUUAUCGACGAUUAUAUCACCAUCAAAGACCCCAUUGUCGACUAUGUCACUCAAUACUCAGGCAUCAAACCUGGAGACUUAGACCCACGAACAAGUGCACACAACCUCGUUCCGCUUAAGGUAGCGUAUAAGAAGCUAUGGCUCCUACUUAACCUAGGUUGCGUCUUCGUCGGCCACGGACUGGCGUCUGAUUUCCGGAAAAUCAACAUUCAAGUCCCCAAGGCCCAAACAAUCGAUACCCAAUACCUGUUUUUCCACCCCUCUAAAAAUCGCCGACUGAGUCUCCGAUAUCUUGCCUGGGCUGUCUUUAAAGAAUACAUCCAGGAAGAAAACCCUAGUCCCUCACCAAAGACGUCAGCAGCAACCCCUGACAUCCCCACAUCAAAUCCGACUUCAACUCCCGCCACUUCCACCGCUGAAGGCCAUGAUUCCAUCGAAGACGCACGUAUGGCCCUGCGACUAUGGAAGAAAUUCCAAGAAUACGAAGAUGCAGGCAUUGUCAAUCAAAUGCUUGAAGAAAUCUUCCGUGAAGGUGUAAAACAUGGGUUCCGUCCUCCGCCCCGUCAUCAACCGCAAUCAGCUGGAGUCCCCGCAUACCAACCCUCAAACUCUGGGCUAGCAGUGUACAACCAUAAAAUGUCAGGGCCAGUCACAGCAGCCUCGUUAUCUUCCCCUCCAAGUGGACGGAAUACGCCAGACGCAGGGCCAGGAGGCGGCGCAUUGGGUACAAACGGUGGUGUAGGCGAUAAUCCACCGACAACUCCACGUCAGAUGUUCCGACGAUCUACAGCAUUAACUCCGACGAGCAGCAGUUAUUCGGGGGCUGUUGGAAAGUAUCCCAUGUUUGGAGGGAGCCCCAUGCGUUAA